AUGUCCGAACACGAGACUCAGGUCCCUACACCGGCGUUCAGCCAGCCAACCCACGAGCACAGGGACUCCUUGAUUGAUAUGCUACACCUCAAUAAUGUGACAUCACAUAUUCUUAAUGCGGUUGGGCAUAUGACUGAGGCGGAAAGUGAUCCGGAUACGAUUGACCGUGACGAUCAUGUAUUAGUAUUCGAUAACCCCUUUAAGGGGGCUAUGGACGGAGAUGAUGAUGAAGACCCCUGA